CGUUUUCCAGUGUAGUGCGUUCAUUGAUUUCAUACCAAAGUCAUACUUAACAUUCCACUUACACUGUCAAACCAGGAGAAAUAUUACUGAAAACUAUAAGGCGCCAAAAAAAUAAAUAGUAUAAAAAUAAGUAAGUUAUCUUCGCUUUUGUGAGAAGGGGUGACUUCCAAAAAAAGCUGCUUGGAUCCUGAUCACUUUCCUCCUAACUUGUUCUCCAUAAGAAUCAAGUCUUUACAUACCCGAGGAUUGACAGACAGAAAAAGGCAAAUUGGAGGAAUACAUAACUCGAUAUUUUACGCGCUGUUUUACUGCACCCCAUAGAUCCUCUGACUGUGGGGCUCGUCGUCGGGCCCAGGGGGAGCCGCCACCAUUGCUUCCAACGAGUGGAGUGCCAACGGUAGCCCGGAGGAUGGGCUGGAAGAGGGGAACGAUGAGCUGGACAAGGCCAUGGACGGGGACGCCGAGGGGGUGUGGAGCCCAGACAUAGAGCAGAGCUUCCAGGAGGCCCUGGCCAUCUACCCUCCCUGUGGACGGAGGAAGAUCAUCCUCUCAGAUGAAGGCAAGAUGUAUGGUCGUAAUGAGUUGAUAGCUAGAUACAUCAAGCUGAGGACAGGCAAAACCCGCACCAGAAAACAGGUAUCUAGUCACAUACAGGUGUUAGCACGGAAGAAAGUUCGAGAAUACCAAGCAGGUAUCAAGGCCAUGAAUUUGGACCAGGCAUCUAAAGACAAGGCCCUCCAGAACAUGGCAGCGUUGUCGUCUGCUCAGAUUGUGUCUCCGAGCCUGAUCAAGAGCCAGCUACCCCCACUGCCCCACUCUCCCUACCCCCCGCAAGCCAGGUUUUGGCCAGGCCCUAUCCCAGGACAACCCGGCCCCUCUCAGGAGCUGAUUCUAGAGCUCAACCAGGGAAGGACUCCUGGGUUUGGCCGCACCAGCUAUGCUAUCAAACCUUUUGCACCGUCUCCAUACACAACUCUACCAGGCCCUCCCCCUCCCCCUAUAUCAAACUAUGAGCCUUUGGCACCCCCCCUCCCCCCGGCUGCUACGGCGGUGCCCGUGUGGCAGGACCGGACCAUCGCGUCCUCCAAGCUGCGGAUGCUAGAGUACUCUGCCUUCAUGGAGGUGCAGAGGGACCCUGACAACUACAGCAAACACCUGUUUGUCCACAUUGGCCAGACCAACCCAUCCUACAGCGACCCUCUGCUGGAGGCAGUGGACAUCAGGCAGAUCUACGACAAGUUCCCAGAGAAGAAGGGCGGACUCAAAGAGCUUUAUGAGAAAGGCCCACAGAACGCCUUUUUCCUAGUCAAAUUUUGGGCGGAUCUCAACAGCAGUGGCAUGCAGGACGGCCCAGGCUCCUUCUACGGAGUCAGCAGCCAAUACAGCAGCUCUGAGAACAUGACCAUCACCGUCUCCACCAAAGUCUGCUCCUUCGGCAAACAGGUGGUCGAGAAAGUAGAGACGGAGUACGCCCGGAUGGAGGGAGGGAAGAGUGUCUACAGGAUCCACCGCUCUCCCAUGUGCGAGUACAUGAUCAACUUCAUCCACAAGCUCAAACACCUGCCAGAAAAAUACAUGAUGAACAGUGUUCUGGAAAACUUCACUAUACUUCAGGUGGUGGCAGACCGUGACACUCAGGAGACCUUGCUGUGUAUAGCGUUUGUGUUCGAGGUCUCAACGAGUGAACACGGGGCACAGUACCACGUCUACAGGCUCGUAAAAGACUGACCCACCCACCGCUCUACCACGUCUACAGGCUCGUCGAAGACUGACCCACCCACCGUUCUGCAGGAAGGUUUGGGAAUCAGCUGACGAAGCACUGCGUGACAAUAUGUACAGUACAGACUGCUCAACUGCCAAGUAACAUUCAAAACGACGUUAGAAUGAACUGACAAGAAAACAUUUUAAACUUCCACACAUUUAUGUGAAAUAGGAAAAAGGAGGAAGUCUCUCAAAAGACAAGAAAGGAAAUUAGGAGAAUUCAUUGUUUUGUUUUAAAGGCAACUUUUUAACCCAUAUAGUUAAAUAUGCUGAGACAAGUGGGUCAAAUUGGUAAUGACAGUAAAUGUACAGUAGGUUGAGAUUCACUGAGGGUAUGAGAAAGUGAACAAGGUUAAGAGCUUUGUCUCCAAGGGAACACACUCUAAGCAAUAUUAGAAGAAGUGGAUAGAUUGGAAUGGUACAGGUACAACAACCAUGGAAGAAGAGCAAACACAAAAUAAUCUAAACGUAGAAGGGCCCUACCGAGGGGUGUUUAUAAAUGAGAUAGGAUGGCAACCAAGUGCCUUUCUCCAAAGACAAGUAUUGAUCAGUUGCCAGCCACUCUGGAAUGCCUUAUUUACUACCUCUUGUCUUUAAAUAAAUUGAAAUAAAGUGGACAGAUGUAAAUGCAUCAUUGAAUAGGAGAAUAGGAAACUGAACAUGACUAUGCAGUUCAUCCUUUCUCAUCUAGAUCCUUGAAGCGCACUUCUGAUCCAGGAAUAUUAUGUUAUGGAUUAAACUAUUAUACAUUUUUCUCGUGAUGUGUUAUAAUGAAUGGUUACAAGUUUAGCUGCAGUCCACGUGUACAGCAAGGGCAUGGCAUGAUCAGAUCAUUCAGUUUCCAAUCCCUGGGCUUUUACGGGUCUCUAGACAACAACACAUCAAUGUGCUGUGGUGCACUUAAAAGAUCAAGAAGGGGUGAAGCAACAAAUAUUUUUAUUUUCAGCCUUUAAUUAUGUUAUUGAAAUGAACCGUUUCUGUACUGGGAGUCAGCGGAUGCAACAGGAAUAUGUGUUACAUAGGAUUCUUUUGGGGACGUGUUUAUAUUUGUGAUUAACAUUAACACUGUUUUCUUAAAAACAUGGCUUGAGAAUCAAAUCAAAUGAAAUGUUAUUUGUCACGUGCGCCGAUACAACCUUACCGUGAAAUGUUCACUAGAUUAGAAUUUGCCAAAUUGGAACUGACCAAAUUUUACAGUGAGUUUUAACUCAUGUAAGAACUCAUGGUAUUCUAAUCCAAUCUCCCCAUUCAAGAGAUCCCAAUUGAUGGAUAUCACUUUCAAUCUGGCAAGGCGGCAGGUAGCCUAGUGGCUAAGGGCGUUGAGCCAGUAACCGAAAGUUUGUUGGUUUGAAUUCCUGAGCCGGCACAGUGGGAAAAUCUGCUGUUCUGCCCAUGAUGUUGCUUAAGGCAGCCACAUUUCGGCUGAAUGCAUUCAGUUGUACAACUGACUACGUAUGCCUUUUCCCUAACCCUACAUGGCAUGGCGUAAGAUAAGUUUCUCUUUCCUAAAUUAUAUUAAUAAAAACAAAAGCUCUCUCUCAUUUUAUGAGCGAACCUUCAAGAAAUUAAUCUUAAUUUGCCAAUGCCAUCAGCCAAUGAAAAAACAAUUUUAUGUUUUGAAAGAGAGCUAUCCUCUGUGCUGUGGUGUGUGACCAUUGAUUGUUAUUUAUAUUGAAAAGAAUGGUGGGAGGGCAGGGCUGGGCUGGGAUAUGGGCCAUAUGUGUUUAUCCUUUGCCAUUGAAAUGGUGGUGUUACAAGUAUUGCUGAGCUGAACUUUAUCCUAAUGACACAAUAACUUUCAUCCCCUAGCUAGGGGAUGGUCUCUGCCUUGGACGGUUCACUGGACUUCUGUCAUAAGAAUUCAUACAUCAGACUUUGUAUGGUGGAUUUAGUACACCAGGCUUUGAAUGUCAUACUUCAAGAGCUAGAUUUAAAACAACUGCUUAAUCUUUACUAGUGGAUUUCUCAAUUUUAUCUUUUUUUACAGGCCCAUGUUUUUUAUUAUCAUUAUCAUAAUGAAUUGUUUUCUGUUCGUUUUUGUGACUUUCAGCAUCCGGUGAAAACGUGUGUUUUUGUUGACAUUGAUGAUGAGAUACUGUAUCGUAUGUAUCAUAAUCUGAAUGGUAUGGGCAAGUUUGUUUGGUUAAAAGGUGCUUUAUUGUGGCCUUGGUUACCAAUUGUGCAUUGCAUUUUAGUAUUUUCUGUUAUCUUCAAACUAAGGGGGUUGUAUUAUAUAAUCAAAUCAAAAUGUAUAAUCUAACAAUAAAAGACGCAUGGUGCCUUUGGGGCCAUUUUCCCCUGAAAACUCAUUAAAACAGGUUUGUUCAUUUGA